ACUGUAAAACUUCAGACUUCAUUUUUAUUUUCUUUGUAACAGAGUUGGGGUCGAUACCUGGUCAAGGACGUAUCAAUCAGCUCGGUGGUGUCUUUAUAAACGGGAGACCAUUGCCGAAUCACAUUCGGCUAAAAAUUGUUGAACUGGCAGCUGCUGGCGUUAGGCCUUGCGUUAUUUCAAGGCAAUUGAGGGUGUCCCAUGGAUGCGUUUCGAAGAUUUUAAAUCGAUACCAGGAAACAGGAAGUAUCAGGCCAGGAGUGAUCGGAGGUAGUAAGCCCAGAGUUGCCACACCGGAAGUGGAGGCUAGAAUCGAGGAAUACAAACGUGAUAAUCCGGGAAUAUUCUCGUGGGAGAUUCGCGAUAGACUGAUCAAAGAAGGAAUCUGUGAUAGAACCAGCGCUCCCAGCGUCUCCGCGAUCUCGAGGCUUCUCAGAGGUCGCGAUUCCGACGACGACACCAAAGUUGAGAGUAAGUCUUGUCUUCGAUUUUUCAUCCAGCGAAAUUCACUCGCCAAUUAA